UUUGCCCUGAAGGCGGCCAGUCAUGCGGGUGGAAACAGGAGUGGGCAUCCGUUACGCUGCACGAAGAAGAAACUUUGGGGAAAGAUGCACGAAGAGGAGGAUGGCGUUGAGCCGAACUCCGGCCCAGCUCCUCGGUUCGAAGCCUCCGUCAAGGCGGUCGACGGAGUCGACGUGGAGGUGCCGAAGGAGCACACAUCCAAGCUGUGCGGCUUCUUGAGCAAACUGUCUGGCAAGGGGCCCCUGAGGGGGUACAAGCCGCGGUGGUUCGUUUACGAUCCAAGGAAAUGUUAUCUGUAUUACUUCAAGAGUCCUCAGGACGCCUUGCCUCUUGGACACAUUGAAAUAGGCGAUGCGUGCUUCAGCUACGACGUGGAAGCCGAAGAGGGACACUUUCAGAUCAGCACGGCCGGGAAAGAGUUUCUACUUAAGGCCCCCAGCAAGCAGGUGAUGCACUCCUGGUUGCAGCAGCUCCAACAGAAGCGUUGGGAGUUCAGCAACUCGCGAGGCUACGGGCAGAGGGACAGCUGGAGCUCACCCACCUUAGCCUACCCGAUCAGUGGGCUUGUAGCCGAAGACAAUGGUACGAAGGUACACACACAUACGCGCGCGCUCACACACACACAGUCUGAUGGGUUGAUAUUUGCACAUUGUUAUCAUUGUUAUCAUAAAGGAUAUAUUAAUCUUAAUUACUUUGUUGCCAGUCUGCCAAGGCAAUGCAGAAACCCCAGAAAAAACACCUGUGGUUGAAAGGCUUUAAUGAAACAUUUUCAGCCCGAAAAAUCCUUGCCGUGUGUUUGUUUUUUUCUCUCCAUUGCACUG